AUGGGUCGUGGAUUUAGUUUUCGACUCUUGUAUCGAGUCGUUUUCUUUUCCUUCGGUCUGAUUUUCGCCUGUUUUUAUCAUGGUGGUGGUUCAGAGUACGACAGGCGAGAAGAUAAAACAGAACUGAACAAAUUAAAAGAUGAACUCAAAGGUAAACCCUUGAAUGUUGACGUUUCUCUCGAACAAGACGAACGCGUCUCUAACUUGACAGAAAAUGCAAAACAAAUCGAUGGGGCGUGGAGCAAAAUUGAUCUUCCAAAGAUGGUGAGAAAAGGUAAAUUUUGAAAAUGUGAGAAUGUUAGCACUUCAGAAGGAUUAAUUGUUAAGCAUAAUUUAUUUUUAGAAACUGCGAUGAAAACACUCCGAAGUGAAACACAAAAAAGCCCAGUACUGGCUUUUUCAACUUCAUCGCUGUCUGAGGUAAACGUUCCACGCAAAGAAUCGACAACCAUCUCCCACUCAAAUGAGACAAAAUGGCAAAACGAUGGCAGUAAAAAUAUAUCUUCAUUGGAAAAUCAAUUUUUUCACAAGAAUGACUUGAGAGAAACAGCCAAAAGAGAAACGUCCUCUUCACUCACAACUCAACAUCUCCGAAGCAGACGUGAAAUUGAUUCGAAAUCUGAGUACACCCAGGAAGAUCUAUUAAUGUGCAACGAUUCAAUCAUCAAUAUAAAAAACGAUGAUAAAUACAAAGUUCGGACUGACUUUUCAAUACUCUAUAAGAACAAGGUGUACGAUUAUACUGAGUAUCGAGUUCUGAAUGAUAGCAUAACGAUUUGUAACUCCACUGAUAACUACGUACGGAAUAUUUGGAAAGUACGCAAUAAAUGGCUAAAGGCGACAAUGCAUCAACAAAGUUGCAAUAAACCAAUUCGAGAGUCUAGGUUGUACCGAAAUUACUACACCGUGAACAAGGAGUUCACUGUCUAUUUCGUUCCUAGGAAUCAAUAUUUCACAAGAAAUGAUUAUGGGGUGCGAGACGGUAAACCUCAUAUGUGCGAUGAACAGUUCAGACCCAUAUCAACAGAGUAUACCCAGGAAGAUCUACUAAUGUGCAACGAUUCAAUCAUCAAUAUAAAAAACGAUGAUAAAUACAACGUUCGGACUGAGUUUUCAAUAUUCUAUGGGAAUAUACUUUGCUCAAGGAUUUUAAAGUUCGCAUUUUGGCAACAAAGCAGCUGA